GGUUAUGUUUAUUGUUUACGUUCUGCAGUUCACAUCAACUCGGCUCUUUCGCGGUCGCGGUCUCGUCGCAUUCUAACCACGCGAGUAAACAUAAAACAAACAUGAGUUUCCUCAAGCCAAAGGAUAUCAUAGACCAAGGUGACACUGUCAUCCUCUACAUAAGCAUAAACAACAUGCACGCAAUCGAUGUGAAUCCAACGAUUCUGAACAAAAAAGGGGAAACGAUUGAGAAUGUCUUCCAGACCACGUACGGGGCGUUAAAAGUGAAGGAACUGAUCGGAGUGAAGUACGGAUCGAAGAUCAAGUUGUCGCGGGGCUGGGCUUACGUGCUGCAAGCCAAUCCUGAGCUGUGGACCCAGACUCUGCCGCACCGAACGCAGAUCAUCUACACCCCCGACAUCAGCAUGAUUCUCUUUCAAUUAGAAAUCAAGCCGGGAAGCAUCGUCAUCGAGUCGGGUACCGGGUCAGGCUCACUUUCACAUUAUUUCAUUCGAGCAGUGAAACCAUCCGGACAACUUCAUACGUUCGAUUUCCAUGAAGCCCGAGCGGAGCAGGCGAGAGAGGAGUUUACGAAACAUGGAAUUAACGAGUUUGUGACGGUUUAUCAUCGCGACGUGUGUCAGCAUGGUUUCUCGGAAGAAUUGAAUGGAAAAGCGGACGCCGUGUUUCUGGACUUGCCGGCACCACAUUUGGCAGUUCCACAUGCGUUGAAAGCUCUUAAAGAUGAAGGCGGUCGAUUCUGUUCUUUCUCACCAUGCAUUGAACAAUCGCAAAGGUGCUGUGAGGAGCUCCAAGCUAAUGGGUUCAUUGAAAUCCAGUCAAUGGAAAUUCUACAGGUUGAAGAUAUUGUGAAGACUAAAAACAUUCCAGUCAUGGAUUUAGAAUAUCUCAAGCAUAAGAAGCCAACGCAGCCAGCAGAGAAUAACGAGGUAAAAGACAAUAGUGACUCGAAGAAAGAAACGAACGCCAAACAAGAGCGUGAAAUAAAAAAAUACUUGACAUCAUCUGCACCACCGACAAUGCCUGGCCAUACAGGUUACUUGACAUUUGCCACGCUACCGCCCAUCUAUGCUAGAUAAUAAGCAUAAAAGUUCAAAUUUUACAACAGCAAAUAUAAACGACCAUUUCUGAAAAACAAAACUAAACUAUGUUUAU